AUGUCGGCCACGGCCCGAGAGCGAAUCCUGUACUGCAUUGCCGUGUAUGACAACUCGCAGCUCAUCUACACACGCACGAUGCUCGACGGGGCGCGUGACAUGUGCGAGGCGGGGUUUCGGCUGCGCGUUGUGCUUCUCACCGCUCACCCCGAGCUGCUCACGCCCCUCGACGACCUCAAGGCCGCGCUUUCAUGCGCGAACCGGGACGGCGCGCUCGAGCUCGAGCUCGCCGUCCGACCACCCGCCACGAAAAAGGCACUGACGCUCGAGCACCGCAGACUCAUGUGGGACCGGCUCGAUGCCCACGACCUGUUCAUCUAUGCGGAGGACGACAUCGGGCUCACCCUCGCCCACCUCUCUGCGUGGCUCAGCGAGACGCGGCGCCUGGCGACGCGGAGAUAUAUGGUGGGAUUCAUGCGCUACGAGCGCGCUCUCCUCUUUGGGCCCACCCUCAACGGGAGAGGUGGGAUUGCCUACGACGCGGGGAGGCUGCAGCAUGGCGCACGAUCGGAACGGGUGGUGUGGGAGCACGCUCCGGCGUCGCUCCACGUGCUCCGCCUUGGCGGCGAGCUCUACUACCAGCCUGAAACCGUUCACCACGGCAUGUGGAUCGCAAACCGUAAGCAGCUGCUCUCGAUCCAGAGCCGGUGCCACCAACUGAUGACGCGUCCCUGCGACGUCGAAAGAUACAGCAGGGGGCGCGAGCGCCUCUUUGCGGCAGGGGAGCUCUACAGCUGCGGUGCGAGCAGCAUGGUCAUUCCGGUGGAGCGCGCAGCAUCGCACCUGGUGCACCAUUUGCCCGAUAAGAAUUGGUACAGCCGAAGCAGAGGUCGGUGCUUGUGGGCGGAGGAAUCGCUGCUCAGCCACAGCAGGCGCGUCGUUGAGAGGUGCAAAGGGCCGGCGCCAGGCGCGUGCGUCGAGCAGCGCAGGUACCAGCGGCUUGUGCCCGGCCCGAAUCGCACGUUCGAUUGCGCCGCGGCUGGGCUCACCCCCGUGGCCGAGUACACCAACGGAUCGAUGCCCGGCCCGCACGGCAACCCCCCGCGUCCGAGCGCUCGGAGGAGUGGCUGA